CUGUUACUAUCUUGAUCACACUGAUACAGUGAAUAAAGCAUAGAAAAGCUGUAACACUGAUAUGGACAACAGCGCUAUCUAUGUCAAUGCAGAUGCUAUAAGAAGAAAACACAUUGCUGAUACUUCACCAUCACCUCAACUCACAGAGAGGAACAGAAGUCACAGAUCAGUUCUAGUGUGUUUGGUGGUGUUGUGUGUUCUUCUACUGACUGCAGUCAUAGUGCUGUGUGUCCUGAUCUAUACAAACAAUCACCAGUUUCACAUCAACAACAAAAACAUCACACGAGAGAGAGACCAACUACUAACCAACAAUAUCAAACUCACAGAAGAGAGAAAUGAACUAACAGCCAAAUACUAUAAUGCCACUGAACUAUAUGAACAGCUAAAUUGGAAGACAAAUCUAAUCUGGACACAUCUUCGUGAUGGAUGGAUUGAACAAGAAGUCCAUUUGUACUUAAUUUCAUCUGAACUAAGGAGCUGGAGUGAGAGCAGAAGUUACUGUAGAGACAGAGGAGCAGAUCUGAUCAUCAUUAACAACAAAGAGGAACAAGAUUUUGUUAAUAAUAUAACUUCUGGAGCACAACACUGGAUUGGUUUGUCUGAUAGUGAUGAGGAGGGCAGAUGGAAAUGGGUUGAUGGCAGCGCACUGACCUCUGGAUUCUGGGAAGUUGGACAACCUGGUUAUCAUAGACUGGAGAACUGCGCUUUGUCUCAAUCAGAGUGGUUUGAUUAUCCAUGUACUUCUACUUUUAAAUCGAUUUGUGAGAAAAAUAUUUUUUAAAGAGUUGUAAGUGAGAUACAUCUUUACAAUAAAUUGUAAGCACCAGGAUUUUCUAA